UGGCUUGCWGAUAAACUWUUUUUCUUGUCUCAAACUGCCCAUUAACUCAUUUAAUUYACAAAAMAAWUCCWAAAGAAGCAGCUAAGAAUGAGUAGAGAUGCUUUAGUYGCCGUCAGGGAACAACGAACCCAAAUCGGGAAUCUUGAUAUUACAAAGAAGACGGCAAUCGUUGCUACAAAUGAAGGGGUGAUAGCCUAUGAACAGAAUAUCAUUCAUCAGAGUCAACCUCUUCCUUACAGGGGAUAUGGCCGUCCCGCCAUCCCGGGUUCGUCUGUGUCACCAGCGAUUGCUUACAGACCUUCAACACCAGAACCUAAAAACUGCUGUGAUUACUGCUGCUGUGAAUGCGAUUCUAAUUUUGAAUGGUAUAACCUCGAAGGCAAAGGUUGCUUCAUGGUAAUUCUUCUUCUCUUGAUGUAUCUUGUUAUUGGUGCUGUUUGUCUGCCAUUUCUCAUCAUCUGUGGGUUCUUGUAUUGUAUUUGUAGAAAAGAUGACUAGUGAAAACCAAUCAUGUAAUAUUAUUUAGUAUCACUUUGACAAUGAAACUGAGCUUGCUCAGUACUUCGAGAGUAUUUUAUGAUAUAUUUCCCUUUUGAAGAAAUAAUUUUUGCUAUAAUAAAAUCUCAAAAAUACCUAUUGAA